CUCCAUACCCCAAUGUAUUUUUUCUUGGCUAACCUGGCAUUUCUGGAGAUCGCCUACUCUUGUACCAUUGCCCCUUUAACUUUGGCUAAUCUCGCUUCAGUGAGAAGGAUCUCCAUUUCUUUGAGUGGAUGUGGCACCCAACUUUUUUUGUUUACCUUGCUGGGGGGCUCUGAUUGCAUCCUGCUGGAUAUCAUGGCUUAUGAUCGAUAUGUGGCAAUAUGCCGCCCACUAAGCUACCCUCUCAUUAUGACCUGGAGAAUGUGUAUGAGUCUUAUGGUUGGGACGUGUGCUAUGUGUGUGUUCCUGUCUUUCCAGUUGUGUCUCCUCAUACUGACUCUGACUUUCUGUGGCAAUAAUAUGGCAAUCAGAAAUUUUUUCUGUGAUUUUCCUGCUCUAAUGAAAGUGGCAUGUGGAGACACCCAUGCCCAACAACUUAGCCUUUUUAUUACAAGUGCUAUUCUCUUGACUGUCCCCUUCACAUUAAUCUGCACAUCCUAUGCCUUCAUCACAAUGACCAUCCUUUGCAUCCCUUCUGCCUUGGGGCGACAACGAGCUUUCUCUACUUGUUCCUCCCAUAUAACGGUUGUCCUUAUACAGUAUAGCUGUACCAGUUUAAUAUACCUGUGCCCUGCUUCCUACUUGUCAGCCAUGCAAGUUCGGGUGGUGUCUGUCUUCUACACUUUUGUCACACCUGUAUUAAACCCCCUUAUUUACAGCAUGAGGAGCAAAGAAUUAAAAGAGGCAAUGAACAGGUCCUUGAGAAGAAUAAUGCUGCCUCAAAAGAAAUGA